AUGUGCCAUUUCUGGUAUUUUUUGUGUUCAGAACCCAGGAUGAAUCGGCCGAAGACAGCAAACAGUAGGAACGAGGACGAGAUGAUGUCCAAGGCAAGAAUCAAGUUGCAGACAGAGACUGACCCAGUGGAGAAACUGAGGCUGUUGUGUCUCCAACGAGGCUCAUCUGGCAUCCUUGGCUUGGGCAGGGUGUUUCGGCGGAUGGAUGACAACAUGAACAAAUCCCUGAGUAUUGAGGAAUUCACCAAAGGAAUGCAAGACACUGGAUUGAAAGUUACUAAUGAUGAAACCCAGGCAUUAUUCAAAAUGUUUGACAAAGAUGGCUCAGGAAGCAUCAACUUUGACGAAUUUCUCAUCAACGUCCGUCCCCCAAUGAGCAAUAACCGAAAGAAACUGGUGGAGAUGGCUUUCAAUAAGAUGGAUGUGACAGGUGAUGGAGUCAUUACAGUUGAGGAUCUCCAGAAGACAUAUAAUGUGAAAAGCAAUCCCAAGUACCUCAGUGGAGAGGAGACUGAGGAGCAAAUACUUCGCAAGUUUCUUGCCAAAUUUGAAGAAAAUGGCUCUGUUGAUGGAAAGGUGACAAAGGAUGAGUUCUAUGAUUACUACAGCGGAGUGAGUGCCUCAAUUGACACUGAUGCCUAUUUUGAUCUCAUGAUGAGAACUGCAUUCAAAAUGUAGUUCCUCCAUAGCAUGGACUGCUGUGCUCUCUUGGGACCCUACAUCAUUCUUUGUCCUACUCAACCUUGUGACUCAAUGUCUUCCACUUGGAAGCCAUGAGACAUUGUUUUCAAAUUUUCUUUAUUGCUUUCAGGCAAAUGGUGCCCCACUCUUUAAAGCCUGCAGAGGAUAUUGUCCUCUCAUAUUUGCUCCAUGGUCAUUUUUUCCAUCAUCAAUGGUGGCUUGGAAUGCUUUUUCUGAUUGAAGCAAAAUCUUGAUAGGUGAUAGUACUGGGCUCUUAUCUGCACAAUUGUCUUGAGGAAUUCCAAACUGUAUCUCACAUGUUGUGCAAGUCACAUGGUGUGGCCAAAAGAUGAACUACAUGUAUCUGUGAUGCCCUCUUUGAGAAUGUAAAAUCAUGGGUUUAGGUGAGGGCUUUUGUCAACUUUUAUUGUUUUCUCACCAUGAUAGAUAGUGACUUGUGAAGUCAGGGCUUCACAGGAAAUAGUAGGAGAGAAAUAAUGCCUGUACAUCUUUUACUGUCAUUCCGUCCCUUCCUUGUGCUCAUGUCUUGCUUUAUUGUGUAGUCCAGGGGACAUGCUGAGUCCAACCGAGCUCAUGCACUGAUAUGAAAGAUGUUGUCUGAGAUGUUUGAUAAGAGAGGAUUAUUUGUAACUGCACUUCCCUUGUUUCAAUUCAUGUCAUCCUUCCCAUGUUUCGUUGACCUCAAGCAG